ACAGAGCUGGCAGAGGACCUUCUGCUGCGUGCAGAGCGCUCGCCGCCGGGCACUGUCAAAGCCAGGAAGGGCACGUGGAAACCCUCACGGAGGGCCCGCGGGCGCAACUGCCACAUCCGCAACCUGAUGGUGAAGGUGCGCGACCUGGGCCUGGGCUUCAACUCGGACGAGAUCGUGCUUUUCAAGUACUGCAGCGGGUCCUGCCACAGGGCGCGCAGCAACUACGACCUGACAUUGGGCAGCCUGCUGCGGCAGCAGCUCAUCACCCCGGGGCCGCAGGAGCGGGUCCUCCGGCACCCCUGCUGCCGGCCCACNNNNUAUGGGGCCGGCCCCUUCAGUGACUGGCGUACCACGUGGCAGACGGUGGAGAAGCUCUCAGCGGCUGAGUGCAGCUGUAUCGGCUGA